AUGCAUCUCUGGUCACGAAGUCCAGUCAGGUCAAAUCCCGACUCCAGGAAGCGGUGUUACCUCCUCGAAUUACCCACUGAGCUACUGCUAGAGAUCGUUUCUCAUCUACCUGUGCUGGCAGAAGCCUCUCUGGCAUUGACGUCUAGACGUCUGUUUGCAAUAUCCGGUGCAAUCCUGGACUCCAAAUCAUUGCAUUUCAAUCGGGAUUUCGCACCACUUUUCCAUCAUUACCGAAAUGGGCACAACUUCGUUACUAGCCGGUGGCAAUUCGUUAAAGUGUUAGAAAACAAUACAUGGCGAGCUUGCUCGAAAUGCUUGAAGCUACAUCCACGAACUUUGUUCUCCUCACGAGAACUCAAACGAAAACCCGAGGAGCGGACUUGCGAGCUAGGAAAUCUCGCAGGCAUAGUCGACCUGUGUCCAUGCAAGAAGCUAACAUUUCGAGAUAAAAUGGACCUCGUCGAACUCCUGCUGAUGCGACAGAAAUCGAUAACAGCCUUGACUGCACAAUUUGGGACAGGCAUCCAGGAACGUUUCUGCUGGCAUACCUGCACCGAAAAUUAUGGCUCUACACAAUUGAAGAUUGAAUUAUUUCCAGAGUUAGACGAGAAUGGCCAGUUGAAGAUAAAAACGGAGUAUCAAUUAUCAACGGGGUCAGGGCAGCUAGGGAAGGAAGAGUUUAUCACACCUCGCUUUGGAUGCGCACACCGAUCAGUUGAUCUCUGGCUCUCCAGCGUUUGCCAAACCACUAUUUGCCGGCUGUAUGACAGUUCCUGCGCUUCCUGUCAGCGAAUAUCCGUUUGCAACUCCUGUAAUUCCUCGUUGAAAUGCCCUCGCAAACAACCUUGUCAUAUUGACGAGAACUCCGGAAAAGCCACAUAUUUCUUUUGGACUGAGAGAUCUCUUGGGGGGACAUCCCCUAUCCCGGACCAAGCAUGGGCCCUGCAGAGAAUCCAUCCGGCAGAGAAUACGAUCGAUGUGGACAACUGCAGCGAGUUAUGUCCUUGGACCAUCCGCGAACAUCCUCUCAACGACCCCCCAUCUCUCGAGAUGGACAUUCUAGAACCUGGAUAUCAUCAACUUCUACUUCUAAAUGAACGAAAGCAUAGACUCCAGGAAAAGCAGAGUGCAGCGAUCACCACGAAGCAUUAUCUGCGUCCUGGGGCGAUGAGCUAUCCACCACCACCACCUCAUAACGGACAAUAUCCUUCACAGUACCUGCAGCAGCCUCCUAUUCAACCCCAGCAGACCAUCCAGCCGCAGCAGCUACUGUACAAUAAUGCCCAACCGAACGUUUCGCCAUAUCAAUAUGGCAAGCCGGUCAUUUAUCCUCAGGUCAUGAUCCCGGCGUAUCCCGCCUACACACACACGUAUAAUCAACAGCCACAACCACAACCACAACCACAACCACAACCACAACCUCAAUCUCAACCUCAGUCUCAACCUCAACCUCAACUGCCGCCGCCGCAACCACAACCGCAACCGCAACCGCCGCAACAGCAAUAUGUAAACCCAUCCGACUUGUUCAACACACCACCCCUCCCUUCGAUAUCACCCUCCCAAUUUACCCAGAGGCCAUCUCAAUAUGGUGGACAACCUGCGGUGUCUACCGCCGCAGCCAGUAGCCUCUCCGCUGCACUCACUACCCCCGCCGCAACGCAACCAACGUACUACACAGCUGCCGGCCCAAACCAAGGGAACCAGGUUUAUAGCAAGCUCCCACAGGCCACACCAAAUGCUACACCAAGUACAACACCGAAACCUACUCCGAAGCCUACGCCGAAACCCACACCAAAGGUUACACCAAAGACGAUGCCCAAGACUACCGCCGCGAUUGCACCAAAUCCCCCAACUAUUCGACCCCCACCUGUUACCGCAACUCCCCCGGCACUAUCACCCAGACCUGUCCCCCAAGUAUUGGUCCCAGCUCCUUCCCCGGAAAUACAGCAGAAACUACAACGGCCGCCGGCCAAGAAGCAAGCGCAGCGACAAGCUGGCCAAAUGGGCCCCCAAAAACCAGCAAAGCCACCCAUCGACUACCAGGUCCUGCUCCUGGCGAUGGCAGAUGAAUACCUCAAUACGGCCCAUAGUAACGGAACCAUGGUCGCUUUGCUGAAACAGGAAUUGGAAGUGGAAGAAUACUAUAAGUUGGUCGCAACAGGUCUUGGUUGCUUAGAAGCGGUGUUGAAGAACUGGAGAUUGCAACCUCGAGUCGAAGCGCUUGUGCGAUUAAGGUAUGCGCGCAUUCUGUUCGAGGAGACGGACAACGAUCUCGAAGCGGAGACCGCAUUGAGCAAAGGCAUUGACUUGUGCGAGCGGAACCGUAUGCUGGACUUGAAAUACAGCAUGCAACAUCUUUUGGCACGGAUGCUCCACAAGACAAACCCUAAGGCCUCAAUGAAAGCUGUGGAUGGGAUGAUCCAGGAUGUAGAAGCAUAUCGCCACUCUGCCUGGGAGUAUGCAUUUCGUUUCCUUCGAGUAUCCCUCUCGCUGUCUUCCUCAGCCCACCAGGACUCCGUUGCAGCUCUGCAACAUCUCCACAAGAUCGCUAAUAUGGCCAACCGCAAUGGCGAUAAGGCUGUUUCGGCCAUGUCGGCCGUCAUCGAGGCCCUUGCACACCUCCAACACGGAUCCGGAUACGACUCCAUUGAACAGGCUCAGCGCGCCCUGGCGGUAGCUCGGAGCCAUCAGCUGAAUGAUGAGCUUCGUCAUAUACCGCAGCUGACGACACUGGUGCAAAUGGUCGAUAUUUGUUGCAGCCUUCUUGAAUAUGACAUCAAUCAAUCGUCACAGAAGCUGAAGAACUUACAAGACUUGAUGGACGAGCGAUUGAAUGACCCCAACUGGCGUGCCGAUGGAUCGUUCUCCAUACCUUUAAGCGGCAAAUCGGCAGGACCAUCGUCAAUAGACACGGGGGACAUUCUUCAGGUCCAGAAUGGCACGUUGCUCUUGAGCUUUAAUUGGCUACCCCAGCAUGAUCUUUACGCGCUUUGCUAUUUCUUAAGUUCAAUCACACUCAGCUGCAAGAACUCGUACGAUGGCCGUAAAGCCGAGAAGUUCCUCCAGGAGGGGAUACGCAUGAUACAGGGGAGCUUCAAAUCGCCACAAGACAUCACCGAGUCAAUGGUCAAUGCGAAUAGGCGGGUAGAAUGGCGCAGGACGCUGUACUGCAACCUCCUCCUUCAACAAGUUUUCCUUGCCUGUGGCCGCACAGACUGGGACCUUGCCAGCAAAACGCUGAGGGACCUCCGACAAGAAGUCCAAGAGCUUGGCGAGUGUCUACCUGAUACUGUCCAAUGUCUGAUGGAGUACGCUGCGGGUACCAUUGCACAAGCAACUGGCGAUCUGAAUGCUGCCCUCGAUGUUUUUCAAUCCCCUCUUCUUUCGUUAUCUCCAUCGACGAGCAAAACAGCCCGCAAUGACCCCCGGCGUGACAUUGCACUUCUUGCAGCUCUCAACACCGUUCUCAUACUACGUGAUCCAACCCAUGCAUCACACUUUCAGCUCCCCAACAUUCUGGCAACCGUUGAAUCGUUUUGCAAGGGUAGCCCCAACAAAUAUAUCCAAGCAGCUUACUAUCUUGUAUGCGCUACUGUACAGACCGAAUCGACCAUACAGACCAAGCAGUUUCUUCAGCAAGCUCUGCAGUCAGCCACAGCAAUCAGCAAUAGUCAGAUUACUUGCAUGACCCUAACGUUCAUGAGUUGGAAGUAUUUCCGUGGGGUUGUCGGUGAACAGGCCGAAAAGAGCGCGCGAGCAGGUCGUGCAAUGGCAAAGAAAGCCAACGAUCGACUUUGGGUCAGUGUCACGGACGAGAUGCUCGCAGAAACUUUGGAGAGGCAGGGAAAGAAUGAUGAAGCGAAAGGCGUCCGCGAGGAGGGCCAUAGAGUAAUGAUGGGAUUGCCGUCAGCAUUGAAAAAGCCCGCCUAG